GGAUAAACAGUUGAAAUAAAUGGCUCAAAGUAGCAAAGUAACAGUUGAAGUAGCUUAAAAAUAAUGAUAAAUGGUUGAAAUGACUAAACAUAACAAAUGAACUGUUGAAAUAACUAAAAGUAAUGGAUAAAUAGUUGAAAUAGCUAGAAUGAAUGUAUAAAUAGCUGAAACCAAUGGGGUUGAAACGGUUACCUAAAAGUAAUGACUAAUUACUCCAUGUGGUUUUAACAGGAAUGCAAACCCGACCCAAGUAACAUAACAUUGACACGUGGACAUAAAUUGCAUGUGGCUAUACCGUAACCAUCUUUAUUUUCCGACUGCCAGAUUUCUGCACAUAGCAGUGGCACAAGGUAGACGGGCUCUGGUCUACGUGCUUGCUGGAAAAAUGGCCAGCUGUGGCUCUCUGGACGUGAAAGAGCACAAUGGGCAGACAGCUCUUCAGAUAGCAGCUGCCACCAAUCAGCAUUUAAUUGUCCGGGACCUGCUGCGACACGGAGCACAAAUCAACACUCGUGACUUCUGGGGCCGAUCUCCUUUGCAUGUGUGCGCUGAGAAAGGCCACUUUCUCACUCUUCAGAGCAUCUGGAGGACAGGGAGCGGGCAACCGAUUGACAUUGAAAUGUUCAAUUAUGAUGGUUUUACCCCGCUCCAUGCAGCGAUCUUGUCCCACAACGCAGUAAUUAAAGAGCUGAGGUGUCUGGAAAAUGCGUGUUCAUACAUGGCAAUGGUGCUGGCGCAAAGGAGACAGAUGUUUGUUGAAUGUAUUAAGACUCUGCUGCUCAUGGGUGCCUCCCACAGGACCAAGGAUCUGAAAAGUGGACGGACUUGUCUUCACAUGGCUUCUGAGGAGGCAAAUGUGGAGCUGUUGCAACUUUUCCUUGACCAGCCAUCUUCACUAUCCAUUGUAGAUGUUAAGACAUUCAGUGGAAACACUGCCCUGCACAUCGUCAGUUCUUUGCAAAAUCGUAAAACUCAAGUGGAGGCGGUGAAGCUGCUGAUGAGAAAAGGAGCAAACCAUGGGAUCCGAAACUUUGAAAAUGAGAUUCCGUGUCAGCUGGUGCCCGAAGGACCCAUUGGUGAAAAGGUGCGGGAGAUCCUGAAAGGGAAAUGUGUUCAUGUUUAAGUGAAGCUCUAAAUCACUGUCAGUCAGACAGUCCGGUCCAUCAAAAUAUUAUUUGCCAAAGAGAGGCAGAUGGUCGUUGUUUCUGUGAAACAUGCCAAAUUGUUCUUUACUAUGUAAUGCUCAAAAGAAAGCAACGCUAUGACUUGUACGCAUAAAAAAGUUGUUUUUUUUUCCAUUAAAAAAUUGUUUGGAGAUAUUUCACUGUCUUUUUGAUAUAUAGAAUCAUUUGAGCUAAUUGAAAAUAUGAAUGGAAAUGGUAUGCUGCAUAUCAGACUUGGAAAUACUUAACAGUUAACGUGUUAUGGGUUGUUUCAUUCUGUUGUGGUGUCCAUAUAGUCAUAUGUUUGUAAUAGAAUAUACAUGUAAUUUCUCACAUGUAA